UUGCUAUUCGUUCCUGUAUAAGCUGAUAUGAGGAAAUUCCUGCUUUCCUUGGCUGUCCUGGGCUUCAUCGCCCUGGCAUCGGCUCACACGAAUCCCUGGGAGCAGCCUCCGGCUCCAGUCCAAAAGGUACCAGUUCCUGUACCUGUACCUGUACCUGUACCUGUGCCUGUGCCUGUACCAGUUCCUGUUCCCGUAAAGACUCCGGAACAUGGUAGUGGAGGUGGCGGUGGCGGUGGCGGAGGUGGUGUCGGAGGCGGUGGUGAUGGUGGUGGUGGCGGCGGAGGCACUUGCCCCAAACCAUCUCCUGAAACUCUACGGUGCCUCCGAGAGUGGGCCUGUCAGUACGUCAUUCGGCUGGAUCUGCGCUGCCUCCUCAACUUGAAUGGAAACCCCUUGCUGGGCAAUCUCAUUUCCCUGCCCGGACUCACCGGCGGCGGCACCGGAGGCGGCACCGGUGGCGGCAUAUUGGGCAAUUUGCUGGGUUGAUACCACAAGCAGCUGGAAAUGUGUGCACAUUAUACCCAAUAAAGUGGAACCCAGCUCAGUCGGA